AUGGUAAACGGCGCGGCCUACGCCUUUGAAAAUUGUAGGCAGGCAGGGACCGGUGACAACGCGGGCGCGGUCAUUGUGGUCCUCGACCCUAAUUUAAGGGUGAUCGAGAUAGCGGAUUUGUCCAGCCAACAUAUUGUUGUAAUUAAAAUAUCGAGAGGCAGCGGUAAUGAUGCAAUCACAGUGGUGUCGGCGUAUUUUAAAUACAACACGCCAACCCACAACUUUAUAAUAAAGUUGAGGUCAAUACUUGACCGGGAAAGCAGAGCAGUCAUUGGAGCUGAUGUAAAUGGUCACUCGCCGCUCUGGCAUUGCGACAGUACAAAUGACCGUGGUAGCCAAACGGUUGAAUUAAUUGAGGAUUUCGACCUCACGGUCGUUAAUCGGGAAAGCCCACUAAGAACGUAUGAACGGGAAGGUAUGGGGUCAUCAAAUAUUGACGUAACCCUCGCGACACCGCGAAUUGCAAACCUGGUGCAGGGCUGGUCGGUAAAGGAUGUAACCGACAGCGACCACAACGUGCUGACGUUCGCCGUAGACCUCAGGGCCAACAGAGAGCCAAGGGAAGUAGCGCACAGGUACAACACCAAACGAGCAGACUGGGCCAAGUUCGUCACAUGCCUAUGUGACCAAAGGGCCGAAAUUGACAGGUCCAACAUACACUCGCACGCACGGACGAUAGUCAACGUGAUACAAAGUGCUGCCACGGACUCCAUGCCAAGAGUGAGUGUAGCAGGCAGGAGGGCGGGUAAACAGCCUUGGUGGACAGCCGACCUCACCACUGCCAAAAAGGCACUAGACCGUAUGAGGAGACUUGGCCUCCACAGAACUAAUAGACCAACAUAUAAUCUGGCUCGAAAUGCAUACGUCGGCCAAAUAAGAACGGCCAAACUUGAAGCGUGGCGUUGUUUUGCUGGCGACAUCAACGCCAAUACGUGGGGAAAAGCAUUCAGCUGGGCCAAAAACGGCUCUAGGUCAAAAAAGAUCCCCUCCACCGUGGUUCGCCCAGAUGGAGCGAUGACGGAAACGAUCGACGAGACAGCGGAGGUGCUCUUAGGGUCUUUCUUCCCAAGAGAGAGGCAUAAAAGAGACCUCACAAAGAGCGGGCCCCUAGAGUCAUACGAUGGCGAGAUAAACGCCGAAAGAGUCAGGGCGGCGAUAUGGCGGAUGAGUCCUGGAAAGGCACCCGGAGCCGAGGCGUCACGGCCGGGAUGCUGA